UGAUUCUCUUUCGCUAUGAUUUCAGUCUCAGUGGCUUGUUUCCUUAAUUUGAUUCUGAGUUCAUUCGUAAGGAAAGGAAUUAGAGAAGUCCUCCAAAGUUCGAAGGAAAUGAGGAAACUACUAGGAGGUAUAAAUUAUUACAUUGUAAAAGCAGAGCGACUUCAAUAAUUAUGAAGCACAACGAGAUGUACACCAACAAGUCUGGACGUAAAUGGUCAAUCAAAGGCAAAGCGCGAACUUAAUGAUGUACGAUUUAGUUUUCCUAAUUUUGUUUUUCAGGAUCACAUGUGGCCCAUAGGCGUGAACGGCAAGAGAGGAACUACAAGUUAUGACAAUGCUGAUUCAAAAUCAAACGUUGAGAACAACAAAUCGCAUUUCCUCGGAUUUGUGGUGGUAGUGCUUUCUUGUACAGUCCCUCACGUAGAAUAGGCUUCGUAUGAAAAUGAUUCAUAUGAUGGUUUUCAUAAUAUGAUGGGGGGAUGAGUAGUUUCUGCAGCCUGACAUUAUAGGAAAUUAUGAAUAUAUGUACCAGGGAGGGAGGCCCCCCCCCCUGUGGAUGGAUCGGGGGUGGACCACGCUGCCUUGUUGCAUGUACCCUACAGACCUGGCAAAGGGGGCAAAGGCGGGAACCCACCCCCUUGGCGUAGGGUUGGGCACAUGCAACACGCCAGAGGGGCCCAGCCUUGCCACCUUUGCCAGGUCUGUCGGGUACAUGCAGCGCGCCAAGGGGGUGGGUCCCGCCUUGCCUCCUCUGCCAGCUCCGUCGGGCACACGCAACACGACAAGAGGGCCCAGCCUUUGCCACCUUUGCCAGGUCUGUAGCGUACAUGCAAGAAGCGGGAAGGGGUCAGAAUUGGGCGCUUUGAGGCCUUCCCCACCGGCAGCCCCUCGAAAAGAGGGGCCGGGGCGAGGAGGCCCCCCCCUUCAAAAAGUUAGAUCGGGGGGGGGGGCCUCCGUAGGGUCGAGAAAGGGACCCUCUUGGCUUUACGGGAUUUCUCGGGCGGGAAGACCAGAAAUUGAAUUGAGGGAAGACCAGAAAUCUUGUGAAGUUGGGAGCUUUGUUGGGAGCUUUUGACGCGGCGGACAAUGGGCAGCAGCGUUCCCCUUGUAGGUGAGUGCCAGUCUUAACCCCCAGAGGGACGCGGAAAAUGUCCACAAGAUGGCGAGGGGGAAAAGCUCCUUCGGCAGAAGUUCACAGAGCUUGGCAGAAAAUGCGGCAGAAAGUCCAAGAGGAAGGGGCGGCAAAAGUGUUCUGGGUGGCAGAAAAUGCGGCAGAAAGUCCAAGCGGGGGGCAGAGAAUGUCCCCGAUUUUCAGAAAAUGCGGCAGGAAGUCCAAGGAAGAGGGGGGCGGAAAGUGUUCCCGGGUGGCAGAAAGUCAUGGAGGGGGGUGGAAAAUGUUCCCGGGCAAGCAGAAAACGCGGCAGAAAGUCACAGAGGAGGGCGGAAAAUGUUCCCGGGUGGCAGAAAGUCACAGACGGGGGCGGAGAGUGUUCCCGGGUGGCAGAAACUUAACCAGGGGAGUGGGAAACGUUCCCGGGUAGGCAGAAAAUGCGGCAGAAAGUCACAGAGGGGGGCGGAAUAUGUUCCCAGUUGACAGAAAAUGCGGCAGAAAGUCAACCAGGGGGGCGGAGAAUGUUCCGGAGGCGGCAAACCUGGCAGCAAAUCAACGAAGGGAGCAAACCGGGCAGAGAAUCAACCUAGGGGGCGGCCAAAUGUUCCCCAGGCGGCAAACCUGGCAGAAAUUUAACAAAGGGGCGCGGAAAAUGUUCCCGAGGAGGUGGCAAACCUGGCAGAAAAUCAACCUGGGGGGCGGAAAAUGUUCCCCAGGCAGCAAACCUGGCAGAAAAUCAACAAAGGGCGGCGGGAAAAUGUUCCCGAGGCGGCAAAACCUGGCAGAAAAUCACUCAGGGGGGUAGAAAGUGUUCCCGAGGCAGCAAACCUGGCAGAAAAUCAACAAAAGGGCGGUGGGAAAAUGUUCCCCAGGCGGCAAACCUGGAAGAAAGUCGACCAAGGGGGUGGAAAAUGUUCCCCAGGCAGCAAGCCUGGCAGAAAGUCAACCAGGGGGGCGGAAAAUGUUCCCGAAGCAGCAACCUGGCAGAAAAUCAACCAAGGGGGGCGGAAAGUGUUCCCGAGGCGGCAACGUGGCUGAAAAUCAACCCGGGGGAAACUGAAGCAGAAAAGGGACGGGGGUGGAAACUUUCCCCGGGGCAGAAAUUAGAGCAGAAAAGGGACGGGGGUGGAAACUUUCCCCCGGGCAGAAAUUGAAGCACAAAAGGGACGGGGGUGGAAACUUUCCCCCCGGGCAGAAAUUGAAGCAGAAAAGGGACGGGGGUGGAAACUUUCCUUCCGGGCAGAAAUUGAAGCAGAAAAGGGACGCGACGGGGGUGCUCGGAAGAAGGUUGUUCGGAAGAAGUUGCUGCGACAAGAAAUUGUUGGUAGUGGGGGUUUUGUUUGUUUUGUUGUUUCCAAUCUCGUUCCCAAAUGCAAGUAAGUAGGCCAUUAAGCCGCCCUCAAAUCCGGUUUAGAAGGUUUCGAAUCUUGCGCCAAAAGUGGCUCGCUAUGAAAGGAGAAAGAGCGCUCAAUAGGUUUUCACUUCUUGCACGUUUUCAAAAUGUGCAAGGAGUGAAACGAAAAGAAGAAAAGAGGCAACAUUAAUUAUUUUCGGAACCUAGUGCGGAGCAACGUGAUCCGGCUUAGUUGUUUUGUUGGACUGUCGGGCUGAGAUUUCAAAUUGGUACCCAUUUGCAAUCCUAGGCUGAGAAUCGGAAAAAAUUCAUUCAAGAACUUGACCAAACACACCUAAGGAGCCAACUAAAUUAAGUCGGUUUUUGCUCUCCCUUCGAACCACUUGAGCCAGCCAUCUUCCACAGGAACCACAAGAACCACAGGAACCACAGGAACCACAGGAACCACAGGAACCACAGGAACCACAGGAGGCCCCAGCAGGAGCAGGACCCGCCUGGCGAUCGCUUGGCCCCCUUGGCCCCAGAUCAUAUCCGCCCGAGGAAUCCCGUAAAGCCCAGGGGGUCCCAUUCUCGAGCUUAAGGGGGGCCUCCCGCCCUGAGCCCUGGAACAUAUAUAAAGAAUAUACUUCCAGGGCAGUCGGACGAACUAGAGGCGCCUAGAAUAAACGGAUCCUAACAUAGACGUGGCCACUAUAGUUCUUUUUUAAAAAAAUUGGACUCCUUGCUUUUUUUGUACUUAUUUUUGUUUCCUAGUUAGACGUGCUCCACCGGUGUAAUAUAUUUAUAAAGAAAGGGAAUAUCUUGAAGAAAGAUUCACAUGUUCAUAGAACUUCUUCAUGCGCAAUAGAUAUGCUCAUGUUAGACGAGGAGUGUAUGUUUUCAGCUUAUCCUUGGACCGAGACUAGUAGGGAGAACAAAAACAUUUGGCCCUCAGGCUCUAUGAUUAUCUUCGAGUGUGUUCGGUUUUGUCC